AUGAAAGGCUUUGAUGAAUGUCUUGUUCAGUCCAAGAAUGGAAGCAUCGAAUAUGAGACCUGGUCACAGCUACAGCUCUUGGCAGUGUUCCUGCCUGACCAUCGCUACGGAUUCGUCGGUGUAGCAUUGCCAUCUCAGGAGGGGCUGCAGUGGGGGAAGCUGGGCCGGUAUCCUCCAUGGCCAGGAAAGAUUGUUAAUCCACCUAAAGAUCUGAAGAAACCUCGUGGAAAAAAGUGCUUCUUUGUGAAGUUUUUUGGAACAGAAGAUCAUGCUUGGAUCAAAGUGGAGCAGCUGAAGCCUUAUCACCCUCACAAAGAGGAAAUGAUAAAGAUUAACAAGGGUAAGCGCUUCCAGCAAGCUGUGGAUGCUGUAGAGGAGUUUCUUAGAAAAACCAAAGGCAAGGACCAGGCGUCUUCCCAUAACUCCAAUGAAGAGAAGAACCGGCGUAAUUCCAGUGAAGAAAGAGGCAAGCAAUCUGCUGGUGAAGAGAAACGCAAAGCCAGUUUGUCUGAAGGGAAGUUGAAGAAGGGCACAGGGGAAGGAAAAAAGAGGGUCUCUUCUCUAUCGUCAGAGAGAGGAUCAAAAUCACCUUUGAAAAGAGCCCAGGAUCAGAGUCCCCGAAAGCGGGGGCGUCCACCCAAGGAUGAGAAGGACCUCACAAUUCCAGAGUCAAGCACAGUGAAGAGAGUGAUGACUGGAACAGUGGCUGGAUUUAAAUGGCCGCCAAGCGUCAGUGAGCCUGUGAAGGACAGUGAUCCAGCUGUCUGCUAUCAAGCCAUCACAAAGAAGCUGAAGGUUUGUGAAGAGGAAACAGGAUCCACCUCCAUCCAGGCAGCAGACAGCACAGCAGUUAAUGGCAGUAUCACGCCUACAGACAAAAAGAUAGGAUUUCUGGGACUUGGCCUGAUGGGAAGUGGCAUUGUCUCCAACUUACUGAAGAUGGGUCACACUGUCACUGUCUGGAACCGGACUGCUGAGAAGUGUGAUUUGUUCAUCCAGGAGGGGGCACGGCUUGGAAGAACCCCUGCUGAAGUUGUCUCCACCUGUGACAUCACCUUUGCCUGUGUAUCAGAUCCAAAAGCAGCAAAGGAUCUGGUACUUGGUCCGAGUGGAGUGUUGCAGGGGAUUCGCCCAGGGAAGUGUUACGUGGAUAUGUCCACCGUGGAUGCAGAUACAGUCACAGAGUUGGCUCAGGUGAUAGUGUCCCGGGGUGGUCGCUUUUUGGAAGCACCGGUCUCGGGAAAUCAGCAGCUGUCUAAUGAUGGGAUGCUUGUGAUCCUGGCAGCUGGCGACAGGGGUUUAUAUGAGGACUGCAGUAGCUGUUUCCAAGCGAUGGGGAAGACCUCUUUUUUUCUAGGUGAAGUAGGCAAUGCUGCCAAGAUGAUGCUGAUUGUGAACAUGGUCCAAGGCAGCUUCAUGGCAACGAUAGCAGAAGGACUGACUUUGGCUCAAGUGACUGGCCAGUCCCAACAGACCCUUCUGGAUAUCCUCAAUCAGGGACAACUUGCCAGCAUCUUCCUGGACCAGAAGUGCCAAAAUAUCUUGCAAGGAAACUUUAAACCUGAUUUCUACCUGAAAUACAUACAGAAGGAUCUUAGAUUAGCUAUUGCACUGGGCGAUUCUGUCAACCACCCAACUCCCAUGGCAGCUGCUGCCAAUGAGGUCUAUAAACGAGCAAAAGCAUUGGACCAAUCAGAUAACGACAUGUCUGCAGUGUACAGGGCCUACAUCCACUAGGCUGCACCGUUCUUACUGUUAAUACUAUGAUUAUUGAUUAAUAUUAUUAUGAUACUGGGUUUUAACUCUGGACCAGUCCAUCUCUGUCUCUCCAUUUCCUUUUAUACACAGACUUUGAGAUCUGCCGCGGAGGCAGCUGCUGCGGUGAGCCUUCCCCUGGUGGCAGAAGGGGGGGAGGAGGGGGCUCAGAUUGUUGCAGUCUAAUUAGGAAAAUCCAUGCCAUGCGCUGACAGUCAUGGAACAGAACAGUGGCGGCUUGUUCAGAAGCUCUGAGGCAACUCUGCCAGAAAUCUGCUGCUUGGCUGCUUUUAUUUUCCUCUUUGUAUGCUUGUCCAAGAUGCUGUUUCUAA